AAGAGACCCACUCACAGUUUCGUUCGUUCCUAGAGGACUACACACCUUUCUCGGGCAUUCAGAGUUGUAAUAGCACUGAGUAACCACUGUACAAUAUGAUGCGAUCAGAAUCGGAGGACCCUGGUUUGGACAAUAAAGCAUUCCAGGCUGACACCAAUGGCUCCCGAAACCACGAGGUCACACCUAAGCAAGAGAAGGAUGGGUUUCAGAAUGUCGGUUUCUCCAGAUCGGCUGAUGACGUAUUCGUGUCCAUCCCACCGUCGAAGGAGGUAACGACGAAGCCGGCAAAGCCUUACAGGGGCGAGGAGGAGAACAUGUACCGGUACGGAUGGCGCGGCUUUAAACCAAGUUUCUUACAGAAAUUCAACAAAAUCGGAGUGUUUGUGUUCUGUGCUCUAGUCCUCUGUGUCACCGAAGGAUUCACCGUGAACGGGAUAGCCAGUGCAGCUCUACCCCAUCUGGAGAAACAGUUCGGCCUUGAAAGCUCCAAAUCUGCUCUGAUCACGAGUUCACAGGACAUAGGAGCCCUGGCUGUUGUCCUGUUCGUCAGCUUCAUUGGAGGCCGGUACAACAAGGCGGCCUGGGUUGCCGCUGGCUCUCUCAUCAGUGCUGUCGGGUCUCUCGUGUUUAUGGUUCCUCAUAUGGCCACAAAUGCCCCCCUCAAGUCUUCUUCCGGUAGUUCGUCUGUGUCAGCGAUAUGCAAUCUCCAGAAUUCGACUUCCGGUUCCGGUCCUACGUCUGGUGACGGUAGUGGGCUGUCCCAUUAUCUGGGGGUGUUCAUGAUCGCUCAGAUGAUUCACGGGGUAGGCUUCACUCCUAUGUUAUCGCUUGGAACAGCCUAUAUUGAUGAGAACGCGGAACCUGCAAAAGCAGCUGUAUACGUUGGUUUGACGUAUGGUGCAGCUGCUGUUGGGGUCGCGAUAGGCUUUUUCGCUGGAGGCCAGUUAACGGAGAAGUUUUACGUGGAUUUUGAUCGGAUGGAUCAGACAAGUUUAGAUUUUGGACCCCGCGACCCCCGCUGGAUUGGAGGAUGGUGGAUCGGGUUUAUAAUAUCGGUGUUGCUGUUUGCUUCGGCAUCACUCCCGUUGUUUGGCUUCCCGAGGGCUAUACCCGGGAGUGAAAAGCACCGCCGUGAACUGGAAGAAGACGUGAAUGACCAGGAGAAGAGGUCAGUCCUUACUGUGAUCAAAGACACCGUCGUAGAUUUCUUUAAAGCUGUUUUGAAAUUUUUGGGUAACGUGGAGUUAAUCUUUCUCAGCCUUGGGGGAGCUGCCGAGGCGCUGAUUAUCCUCGGAGUAGGGGCGUUUGCCUUCAAAUACCUGGCUGAAAUGUACGACAUGCCCUUUGAUCAAGCCGGCUACCUGUUAGGAGGGCUAAUAUUGUUCAGUUCUUUUGGUAUGGUGCUUGGUGGGAUCCUCAUUCGGGUGUUCCACCUUGAGGGGCUGGGAAUGGCGAGACUGAAUAUGGGCCUGUGUGUUCUGUCCAGUGUCCUGGGAUUCGCACUGCUAGCCAAGUGCCCCAAUGUCCGACUUGCAGGAAUGGAAAUACCUUACCCGGGCGAGAGUUCUGUGGAUACCAACACCGCAUCGUGUCAAGGGUCAUGCGACUGCUCGAGGCAAGCGUUCAACCCCGUGUGCGGCGCCGACGAUAUCGUGUACUACUCUCCGUGUCACGCCGGCUGUAUGAACCAGAACACCCUCGGACCAUUAGCUACCUACGGCAACUGCAGUUGCGUGGAACGUAGUAUGAGCAAUACUACCAAUGACGUCAUUUCCACUGCCGUAAAGGGGCGGUGUGAUAUUGACUGCAACAACCUGUACGUCUUAGCGCCUCUCCUUUUCCUUAUGCUUCUAUCGGUGUUAACAACAACAACACCCGUUUCCAUGGCAACACUCAGAUGCGUCGAUCCACAACUGAAGCCAUUCGCACUGGGAUUCCAGUGGAUGCUGAUGAGAUUACUUGGGUCCAUCCCAGGCCCGGUGCUCAUUGGCUACGUCCUGGAUUCCUCCUGUGAAAUAUGGAGCCCCCCUUCAUCAGAUGGGACCCGGUUCUGCAUGCUGUACAACAAGCACAGGAUGUCCAUAGGCGUGUUCACGUGGUGGAUUGUUGUCAACAUCAUUGCGGGAGUUUGCUUUUUGAUAGCUUCCAUUGCCAACGCACGAAAGAGGAAGUCGAUAGACCUGCGGAGCUAAUAGCAACUGUUGUGUUCUUCAUGUUCUUACUUUUCAUUGAAUUUCCCUCCUAUUUGGGUUCAAAGGAGUGUUCUGCGUUAACUGUAGACGAUGAUCAGUGGUUGGUUUCCAUGGUUACAUAUCGUUUGUACAGAGAUUAAAUACAUGUAUAGAGUCCCGAGGAAACAUGCAUUUGAUUGGUCAGACAAUUAUUACAUGUGGAACAUUUAUAUUUUUAACGGGGGUAAUAUUCAAUACCCAUGAACUUUGGUUAAUGCUGCAAAACAUGAGCACUUGAAUUGAUAACCCAUUGCUGGUUGUCAGGUCUAAGGUGUAGAAAAUAAUUGUGUUACUUACUAUCAUUCACUCAAAACAAACAUCCUGAAUCCCGAGAGCUUCGUGACUAGUGAAAACGUCUGGAUAAAUGAAUAUACGUGUUAUUGUCCCUUGUAUACUUUACAACCCCUUACACAAGUUUACCACGUUAUUGAUUGUCUUCAGUAUUGACAAGAGUAAACAUCAGUUAACGUUCUACACAUCAACAAAUGACACGUACUGUCAUACUUGCAAUACUGUUCAAUACUGCCUGAAUGUAUCUCCACAACACUACUGAAUGGUGCUAUCUGCCUUCCAUUACUGAAACACAAUGAUUUGUGUAAACGUUGUAUAGAGCCCUAGUCUUCACUGCACAAAGGAUAGACUGGCGCUGUUUGUUUAUAGACUGCUGGAUGGUGACCCUCAGCUUGUGGUUACAGAAGGCCCUGAACACAUCAGUAUCAUCUGACGUUUACACAUUUUGUUAUAUAUAUAUUUUUUAAUGAUUUUGUUCUAUGAACUAUGUAAUCUUUGAUGUAUAUCUGACAAGUUAAUAAAAUGUUUGUUGGAUAUUG